CAAUCGCGUGCCAAGAUAGUUCUAAGGAGCGUUGUUUGUUUUCGUCAAAACAGUCAUGCCACCCAACGAGCCAGAACCCAUACUUGAAGAAGCAGCACCAGCUUCUUCUUCAGCUUCUGCCGCUGUCUCUGAGUCAGCUCCUGCUCCAGAGGAAGCUCCAGUAUCUACCCCCGCCCCAGAAGAUCCUCCAGUAUCCCCAGAAGAAGCUGCAGUAUCUGCCCCCGUCCCAGAAGAAGCCCCAGCAUCUGCCCCUACACCAGAUUCUGUCCCUGUUGAAGAGACUCCGGUUGUCACUGAUCCUGCUCCUGAAGCCCCGGUCCCUCCUCCUGCCUCUCCUGCACCAGCCCCAGAGGCUCCAGCCUCAGAUCCUGCUCCUGCUCCAGCCCCAAAGGCUCCAGCACCAGCCUCAGACCCAGCCCCUGCUCCGGCCCCUGAAGCCCCAGCCCCUCCUGCAGCUGCCCCGGACACUCCUGCUCCUGCCCCAGCCGUAGCUGUUGGGAAAGGUCCCGCUGCUCCCACCAAAGCCCCGCCACAGCCCAAAACACCUGGAAAAGGACCUGCCGCUCCUACCAAAGCUCCACCUAAAGGACCUGCAAGCUCUGCCAAGGUCCCCUCUAAAGUUGCAUCUCCUGCUCCUCCUAAAGCUGCAUCUCCUGCUCCUCCUAAAGCUGCAUCUCCUGCUCCUCCUAAAGCUGCAUCUCCUGCUCCUCCUAAAGUUGCAUCUCCUGCUCCGCCUAAAGCUGCAUCUCCUGCUCCUCCUAAAGCUGCAUCUCCUGCUCCCCCUACCACUCCAGCUCCUGCAGCUGAGACUGCCUCAGCUGCCUCUGCCUCUGCCCCAGAUCCAGAGCCAGCAAAGGAACCUAAAGUUGUUCCUAAGAGGGUCAUAGUACAGACUGACUUUUCACCUGAUCAAGUUGAAGAGCUCAAAGAGGCUUUCUCGCUGUUUGACAGGACUCCUACAGGGGAGAUGAAGAUCACAUAUGCACAGUGUGGAGAUGUGAUGAGGGCCCUUGGCCAGAAUCCAACAAAUGCUGAAGUCCUGAAUGUACUGGGGAAGCCAAAACCAGAGGAGAUGAACAGCCAACUGGUGGACUUCGACUCCUUCUUGCCCAUGUUCCAGCAGGUGUCCAAGGUUACAGACAGGGGCACAACAGAGGAUUUUGUGGAGGGCUUACGUGUCUUUGACAAGGAUGGAAAUGGCACCGUCAUGGGAGCUGAGCUCCGUCACGUACUAGCCACAUUAGGGGAGAAGAUGUCAGAGGACGAAGUGGACAAGCUGCUUGCAGGUCAAGAGGACACCAACGGCUGCAUCAACUAUGAAGCAUUUAUCAACUAUAUAAUGGCUGGUUGAUCCGUGAUAGACUUGGACCUCUCUAAACUGUUGAACCACAUUGAGAUGAAAUGGAACUUGACGCAUAGCUGUGAGACACAAGGGGAACUCAUCUAUCCCAGCCAAUUGGCUCUUUCUCUGCACCCUAUCCAUGUACCCAUUCCCAUUUGUAUUGUGCAUCUGACUUUGAUGAAUGAAAAUACAUAAUUGAAAUACAUUCAUCAGAGUAUGA